CCGCCGCCGUCUUCGCCUCGCCUCCCGGCUCCCGCCCCCGCCCCCCUACCGCUCCUCACGCCUCACGCAGAGAUGCGGCCGCAUCUGCGCGGAUCUCGUCACGCUCUCGCGUCGGCUCCUCCGGUCGCAAGUCGCCGGCCUCCGGCAUUGCCGCGCCGCACGGCUGCCGCCUGCCGGGAGCUCGUACGCUUGGCAGCGAAUCUGACAAGUCCCUCUCAGCUUUUGUUUGCUCCCUACAGUGCGUAUGGUUGGUUGCAACGAAUGAUCCACCAUAUAAUCACGAAGAAACGACAAUGCUGAAUACUUCGUUCGGAGCACAGCAUAUUGUAGCAGCAACAUGUGAUGAUACUAAAUUAACUAGCCCAUCUAGUUGCAGAAUUAACUAGGGGUAGUCUGUACAGAGCUGUACAACUACUCAAGAGUAUCCCCAUGUCGACCUGAGCAGUACACCUCGCAUCCAACUUGUGAGCAGUAAGUGAGAAGAGAGAGCUUGCACGUAGUGGUGCGGAUGGCAUCGAGGAGCAGCGGCGAAGAACCUUCUAGCUUGCUCAUGGAAGGAAAUGCCGUGCAAGUGUCGGUGGAUGCCAAACUGACGGUGGCCACAGGCCGUGGUAACUGUCAGCAGUUGAAGGAUCUGCUGAGCACUGAGGAUUCAAAGACAAUGUUGGUUGUGAUGGCCCCAAUCAUCCAGGCUUCCACGGUAAAGCCUCUCCCAGAGGUCAUGAACCCCCUUCUGCUGUCAUCGGCUUGCUCCGGCGCCUGGCAAGCCUUGGAGUUUCUUCUCAACAGGGGACACGGUCAGCCACACCCUUCCAUGAAUUCUAGUACAAAAUUCCAUGACCUGCUCACGGCAUAUGGCUCCCAUAGCUGCAGCGACAAAGGCACGUCCAUGGAGAAAGCUUCUGAUGAUGUUGAAGCACUUCUGAACCUGCCGUCAGCUUCUACCUUUUCACUUCUGGACGGGGUCACCAUUGAAGGCGGCAAUGCACUCCAUGUGGUGGCCACAUACGGUGAGAGUGAUGGAUUCUUGAGGAGUGCUGACAUUAUCCAUAGUAAGGCAAACCAUCUCCUGUUUGCGCGUAACAACAAUGGUGACACGCCCCUGCACUGCGCUGCACGGGCCGGGAUGUCCCGAAUGGUCUCUCAUCUCAUCACUCUGGCCAGAGACGAGAAUACAGGUGUUAGCAGAGUGAAGGAACUCCUAGAAACUGAAAACUGCCUUAAGGAGACAGCAUUGCAUCAAGCAGUCCGUAUUGGAAAUAACGAUAUAGUCAAGCUGCUAAUGGAGGAAAACUCGGAGUUGGCCAGUUUUCCGAAAGACGGCACUUCACCUUUGUACCUGGCCAUCUUGCUGGAAGAGGACAUCAUUGUCGAGACACUUUAUAAUGCGAGUCAUAUGAAACUUUCCUACUCUGGGAAAAAUGGACAGAAUGCAUUGCAUGCUGCGGUUCUCCGAGGCACAGAGCUUACAAAAAAGCUCUUGGAAUGGAACAGUGAUCUCACUACACAAAGGGAUGAAAACGGGAGUACGCCUCUCCAUUUUGCCGCAGCUCUGGCACAGCAAAGUCAGCGAGGAAGUAUAUGUUGGCAAGUAUUGGAAGCUAACUCAGCUGCAUUGUAUCAAUCGGACUGCAACGGAUUAUUUCCAAUACACGUUGCUGCCUCUGUUGGUGAAAGAGAGACAAUAACUAUGUUUAUUGACAAUUCUCCAAGCAGUGCUGGUUUGCAGGACAGUAUGGGAAGGACAUUCCUUCAUGUAGCUGCUGAGAAAAAGAAAGUUAAAAUAGUCAGUUCUGCUUGCAGAAAUCGGUCACUCUUAUGGAUUCUUAAUAUCCAAGACAAUGACGGGAACACUGCACUACACCUAGCUAUCCAGGCAGGGAGUCUUCGAAUGUUUUGUGCUUUGCUAGGGAAUCGACAAACACAUUUAAAUUUAUCAAAUAAUCGAGGACAAACUCCUCUAGAUAUAUCACCAUAUAAGGUUCCCCCAGGACUUUUCGAUGAUCAGAACAGUGAAGCGAAGAUACACUUUGCACUGACAGUUGUUAAUGCUAGGAGUGGUGGCUGUCGUCGUGAUCACUUUGAAGAAAACUACACUCGCCAGUUAAAAUAUGAUGAAAGCGAACAAUUAGAAAAGAUGAAAGAAUCAACACAAACACUAUGCAUUGGUGUGGCUCUAAUUGCAACUGCAACGUUUACUGUUACUUUUGCCCUUCCUGGAGGUUACAAAGCUGAUGAGCAUAUUAACGGAGGCACACCAACACUUGCCGGGAGGUAUGCAUUUGAUGCAUUCAUAAUAGCCAGCACAUUCUCCUUCGUUUUGUCUGCGAUGGCUAUGGUAGGUCUCAUGUAUUCUGGAUACUCUAUUUUAAACCCACAAACUCGUAGAAUUUACAUGAUUGCAGCCUUGUACUUUGGGUCAACAUCGGGCACAUGCUUCUUAGCAACUUUUAUGCUAGGUUUGUACAUGGUGCUAGCACGAGUUGCUCACAAGUCCGCCAUUGCUAUCUGUGUCAUUAGCCCUCUUGCUGUUAUAUGCAAACAAAUAGACCUUUGGUUAAAGUGGGCUCUUCUGGCACAACCAUUAUGUACUCGAAUUGGGCUAACUCGUACACUGGUAAUGGUAACAACGAGAAUCCUUUUCAGCCUGUUCAUGGAAUUUUGGCCCAUAAUAUUCAUUUUUGUUUGGGCCACAUAUACAAGCAACCAGUUUUAGUAAUGGAGCAGAUACAACUACCAGCACUCAUGACACAUAACUUUUUCGGUGAGAUGUUAUCACGGACGUCCUGGGGAUUUGGGAUUCAGGAUUUACUGUAGUCGUCAAUCUAUUUUUCUCUUCAGAAUCUUUUCGUAUGUUUCAAUAAUGUUAUGUUCUGAUGUACUGUUCUGUUCAACAAUUUGUGCUCAUAAUCAUGUAAAUACUGAUUACCGCUGCUCUCCAUAACUUCUUUGAAUUAUGCAACUGAUUUCGAUUGUCCUUUUAUCACUGUAUUUCGGUAUGUAAAAAGUUUAUGUAAGAUAGCAAAUCCACGUGCAAAUGAAUCUUUCAACCUUCUAACAGUUUAUAUUAUAUAAUGUCACUAUUGCCUUGA